AUGCAGUUAAAUAUACCUGUUGUUCUAACUCCAAGGGGAGCACCACCGACCACCCACCCACCACCAAAACUGACAGCCGAGCAAGCAACUUCUUUCUCUCCACCCCAUCGCUGGAUUGUUCCUUCCACUCUUGCCCAUCGUAUAAAACAGUAAGCAGCUGCUAAAAACAAAAAAAACAAAACAAAAAACAAAAAAAAAUUACAAAAAAAGUAAUAACAUUAUAUAUGAUGAACUGUGUUUCCUACUUGAUUAAAAAUAUAAAGAACUGAGUGUUUAUUUCCCUAAUUAACCAAGAACUUUUGUACACGUUUAAGCUAUUAUUAUUAUUAUUAAAAAAAAAGUGUUUGCAAAAAUGGUCAAGAUUAAAAUAUUGCUGAAUUAUAUUAAAAAGAGAAAAUGUCCUUUUCAUGUUGAGCUAACAUUUGACUUUAGCACAAAAAGAGAUAUUUUAGAACACGUAAAAUAAUAUUUUUAGUUUUUCUUCUCAUUUUGUUACCAAAUUUCAAAACCUUACAUGAAGGUUAUUAUAGUAUAUUUGACACCCUAUAUACCUGUGAUUAGAGAUGUGUAUAUAUAUAUGAGGGCUAGGCAUGCUGUGUGUCUGAGCUUUGUCUAAAUGUUAUGCAGAAGUCUGUAGAGUUAAAAGGUACGUAGGUUUAAUUCAUGCAAGGUAAACAAUAAGUGCUCUCUUUUAUACAAUAUGCAUUGCAUCUGGACCUUAAACAUAUAAAAUGGUCAGUGAAACUUCUGUGAACAUGAAGAAAAAUUAUUAAAAAGGCAUUUAAAUGAAAUUUGCUAACUUGUGAUUUUUAUGGUUUGAACCAAAGUUAUUCAAAUAGUUAAAAAGAGAAAGAGAAAGAGAGAGAGAGAGAUGAUCUCCCAUAUUUUUCUGCACCUAUUUGGUUUACAACUAAGUAGGUAUAUUGUCCUUAUUGUGUAUAUGAGAUGUACUUGUAUUGUUCAUAAUAUAUUUUUUUUAUGAUGUGUACUUAAAGUACUUCACGUGCAGCAAUUUCCAGUAAACCUGUUUUUGAAUAACAGGCGGUGAAGGUUUUUUGUUUCUUUUCCUGUGUGUGGCCACUAGCACUGUCCCUUUAACUUGUUUAAGUCUGAAUUGAAACUCCUGUUUUGUGCUAGUGCUAACUAAUUUAUAUAGGCCUGUCAUGGAAGUCAAUGCAACAUGAUUAUAGAGUAAUCCUACUGAGCCAUGGAUUUUGAAUUUCCUUUAAAAGUGAAAGCCAAGUUGGUGUGCUGUAAAAGAAAUUUUAAUGUAGCUGUGGUGCUAGUUAUUACUGGCUACAUACUUUAUACAUGUAGUAAGGAUACCCUGCCCCUCCCCCAACUGUGCAAGUUCCCCAACCCUUCAGUUAAAAGUAUGUACUUUGUGUGAUUAUAUCAGAACUGUAGGGUAUGAAAACAGUCUGUCAGAACACUAAUCUGUCAAGUAGUGUUCUCCAAAUUGCAAUUGUUUGUAGUAAUAUACUUUUACAGGUUUUUCUUUUAAAAUGUUUGUGUGCUUUUAAUUGACUAACUUCUUGCUGCUGUAUAGUAAAAUAUUAAUAUAUUUUUAUCAUUAAACUGCUGCAUGACUAUCAUCAUUGCAAGUGAAAAGAAUAUGUUAUAAAUGAUGCCUUAAAACAGUAGGAAAAAUAGUUGGAAUUCUGUAGAAACAGUCAACAAUAUAAGAAUCUGUGUGAUUCUUGAGAUCUGGAGUGUAUUCAUUUUCUUAACACCCUGACAAAUUUAACAAUUUAGAUUUAACUGCUGUAUGUUGAAGAUGCUACCAGUAGGAAAGAGACUUUCUAAGCUUCUCAUUGAUUGUAAGAGGUUGGGCCUAGGAAAGACAAAGAGAUUGUUCAAAGGAAAUGUAUUUUCUGUUUUCAUUAAAGUAUAAUUCCCUUUUUGGAGAUGCACUGUUAAGUGUCAAUAUAAAAUCUGUUUCCGUUGUAUCAUCCAUUUCCAGUUUAACAAUUUUGCUACUGGUGUCCAUAGAGCACCACAUGUGCAAUAAUGUUAUAGUGGUUAGAAAUUUUUGUUUUGAGAAUCACUGGAAUUUAUUACAUUACUUUCUAAGGUGCACUUUUCCAUAUAGCAAAAAUAAGCUCCCAUGGUGCGUAAUGUGAUAACUGAAAUGGUUUUUGACUGCAUGUAAACAUUGACUGGUAAGCCUUCUUUGUUUUAAUUGGAGAGUUUGAGCCGUUUAAUACUGCAUUUGAAUGGUGAAAGAAUUGCAUUCUCCAUGCUACAGGUAGUUAGGAAAGUUUUAAAUUGCUUAGAUUCUGCUAUUUGGUUGUCUCGGUUCUACUAUUCAUUAUAGUUUUAAAAGUUGCAAUACUGCAGAUUGGCAGAUUUUUUUAUUUUUUUAGCAAUAACUUGUGUAGGUCGGUGUACAGCAAAGUGUCUUUAUUCUCUUUGAAUUAAUAUAAACUUUGUUAAAGAGCAAAAUCCUUAUUCAGUUUUUGGCUGGACAUAAACAAUUGUCUUCAGAAGAGCUGAAAGUGUUUUGUCUCAUGAUAUGAAACUAUAUUCCAUUUUAUCCCACUAUUGUCUCUGAUAAAGGGUUAGUUUUGCAGGUUCAUAGAACAAAACAAGCACCUCUUUAAUUAAGAGGCCAAAGUGGAAUGCGCAUACAUAUUACAAGCAGUGACUCUCUCAAAUCACUUUUUACUCUCUGAAAACCUGUUGUCUGAUUCCAGCCAACAUGUAGAUUGGUUUAGUCAUUGGAAUCAAUAGAAUCAGCAUUUUGCCUAUUUCCUUUUUCUGAGAAUCAAAAUGCAUGAAAAGGAACUCUACUUGACCCACACAUUUGAGAAUCUUACCAUUGAUCUGAGUAGGUCAAGCUGAUGUGUGGGUUAUGCAGUUGUCCUGGUAUGGUCUGCUAAUUACCACAGUUUCAGCAGCAUUCUGCGUCCUAAGUCUCAACGUUGUGAUUUACAUGCACACUGUAGAUACUGUGCAUUGACUUGAUUCAUAGUCAUAAUAUGUUAUGUUGACUAUAAAUGACCUGGUUUUGGGUUUCACUUUUUCCAGUUGAGGUGCUCAGUUCUUUACCAUGGUUGUGCAGCUCACUGUUUACAAUGAGCAACAGUGAAAAGACCUUGUCUUAAGGUCAGGGGGUCAAAAAGAGAGAGAGAGGUAUAUUUGACCAUAUUUGGUGUUCCAAAAAACAGUAUGCUCAAAUGUGCCAAGCAAUCCACCUUUGGAAAACAUGCCUUAUUUUCCUUAAUGUUUUCAGUGUCUUGUAGGAAAGAUCCAAGCUCAUAAUGCUACUUUAUAUGAAGUGCAAGAAAACUUGAAAUCUACUGCAAUACAAACAUAGUCUGUUUUUGUUUUCCUUUCUAAGCUAAAGCGACACUGUCAAGUAACUUAACAUUUAAAACAUGACCUCCCUUUCAGGUGAUUACAGCAUGGCAAAUAAUGUCCUUACUUUGAGUCCACAUGUUUUUUUUUUAAUUGCUCUGUCUGAGAAAUUAAAUAAACACAUUAAAAAUUAGACACUGUUGAUUCAUGCCUCUUUAUUGUUUUAUGCUGUAAAAUGCAGUUUUCAGCCAGAGGGGGAGCUAAAGUAAUAAAAAUAAAAUAAUUGAAUAGGGAAGACAUUAUAGAAUUUGACUACCAGAAGAAAUGAGCAGGGAAUCCAGCAUUUACUAAACAAAUGAUUGAGGGUUGAGGUAAGAAUAUUUUCAAGUUCAAAGGCAAGCCUUGCAUACUGGUGGUGGGAAACUUGUGAAAAUGUAAACAUUUAACUGAAAAAUACUUGACAGUGUCACUUUUUAAAGUAUUCUUGCAGGAGUUGCAGCUUGCGCUAUGUAGGUCUCUUUGAGAAGUACUACAAAACAGAACCACCUUCUCAGAACUUUGUAAAAUGUAAUAGAUCUGUUUACUGUACAAAGAACUACCAUAUCAAGCAGCAAAGAAAGGUUAGAAGUGCCUGUCAUAUGCCAAUAACUUCUUUUGAAAACAAUUACAUAUUUGGCUUUCAAAACAGCACUGAAACCACAUCUUUGAUCAACCAUGUCCCUUUUAAGCUGUGCAUUCUGUUGUAUACUGUAGUUGGCUAACAAACAAAUGGGAUUUGUAUCCACUACUAUAUAUAUUCACUAAUAGUGUACAAUACGCACUCACACACAGAGAGAGAGACUAAAAGUAUAUAAUAUAUAUAUGCACUACUGAAUGUAUAUAUUAUUAUGGCUGUUAGUUUGCUAUCUACAUUUUGUUAAAAAGGCACUAACAAAUCCUACCUAUUCUGCAUGGAAAAAUAUACACCCUGACUUCUGAUAGGUUGGAAAUAAUAAAUAAUUCAAACAAUGGUGGGAAUACCCACAAUGGGCUCGCAGUAUUUUAUAAUUGUUUCCCAUUAAAAUACUAUUUUUAGCAGUUUUUAUUUAAUUUGUAAAAUAGUUUUUUACUUUGUACUGGCAUGCCUAAAUAGGUAGAUCUUUUUGAAGCCAACUGGUCAGUACAUUUGUAAUAAUAAUAAAAAGGCAAUGGAUCUGUUUUGCUUGUACUCACUUUUCAUUUAUUGCGUGUACUAAUGCCCAAGGUUUUAUAUGUGCCCUGAGAAACUGCAGCCAUUGAAAUGACAGAACAGGAGAUAAAUGAGAAAUAUUAACUGUACAUAUUGAAAUGCUUUUAAUGUCCAAGUUGCUUUGUGGCCUGUUUGUGACAUCCAUUCCAGACAUCCAAACAGUUGUUUGAAGCAUUGGGAAUAUGUGUCCCAUGUGCUCCUAACCUAUUAUGUGCCAGUUUCUCCAUUUCCAGGUUUCCUUUAGUUAGAGAUUCUAUGUAAUCUUAUUCAAAAGGCUAAAUAAUUAUGUUCAUAGUGCGGGUUGUAUGCCUGCUUAGAAGCCUUGUUUGAAGGUUGUCAUAAACCAUAGCCUGGUUUAGAUGCGCUAGCAAACUCUGGCUAGAAGAAACCUGGAAACAGAGAAAGGAAUCGAUAUGUGGUAAGAUGAGGAACAGGUGAGCACAUUCCUGAUUCUCCAAACCUUUUCUCUGUGCUAUAGAGGCCUUCCUGAAUUGGGGAAGUAGCAAUGAAUUGGAGUCCAUUUUUUAUUGAAUUUUAUUGCUGACCAUUUUUUUCUUCAAAGCUUUUUCUAGGCUGUUAUUCUGUGCACACUUGCCUAGGAGUAAGGCCCGCUGAACACAGUGGGGCUUGUUUCCAAGUAAGCACACAUAGGAUUGCAGUGUUAAACACGGAUUUGUUUAUUUAUUUGUUUUUAAUCAAGAUUUAACCAUCACUUAAGAAUUAUUGAUCAAAGACAACACUUGUCAAAGUGUUGAUUUUCAUGUUGUGAAUUACUUAGCAACAGGCAUUGUGUUCAGAGGAGCGAUUCAUGUCUAACCAGCUUAAAAUUAUGAAGGCUGAAAGUGAAAAAUUCUGGCAUUGAUAUAUACAAUGUGUAAAAUAUUCUUCAUAUGAGUAAUAGAAUGUGCUUGGCCCAUGCAUACCUUGAUUUCAAACUUAAAACAAUUUGAUUGGCGAAUCCAGAGGGCUAUUGCUUUAGAGGUCUGCCCAGAUGUUGGGCAAUGGGGACUUUGGCUUUUCUUCCCUGUGAACUGCAGACCCUGAGACAUAUUCCAAGGCACAAAUUACUCUGAAACUCAUGCCUGUUUCUAAAGAUGCUCACCAUGUAGCACAGAGAGCUGCUGUUCAAUAAAGUUGAGCAUUCCUGUAGCCAUUUAGACCUAGUUAUGUGGUUUAGAUCCUGAUCUUUGCCAUGAGCUUCAUUGAAAGGACUGCAAGCUUUGUAUAUUACAAAUUCUACCUUCUUGCUUUUACAAAGUUCAUCAGUCAUUUUAGGUGCCUGCAACCUUGGCCUCUUAAAAAAGAAUUUGUCUUCUACAAAUUUUAAAGCUUGUUUUAAUGUUAGCAUCUCUACCUGGUCAUUACUCUAAAGCAUUGAAGAGGCAGUAUAAAGGUGACCUCUGAAUAAUUCCUUUAAAAAUAACUGCAGAUGUAUGGGGGUAUCUUGCAAACCCUUUGAAGAGUUUUUAAAAUGGCCCCCCAAGAAUCCAGUGUUGUUCAUAAAGUUUCUAGUAUUUUUCAGUAUGCGCUCUUGUACAAUACAAAGCUUUAUCCCAUUUUGCAAAGUCUAAAACUAAUAUUUGCUGCAAAGGGGGGGGGGCUGAUUCUUGCCCUUUAGGGCACCACAUCUUUCAGUAGUGCAGUGCUAAACCAUAUGUAGAUUACCUGACUACUGGUAACAGAAUCUGUUCAUUUCAGUUUUUGAAGAUGAAUGCAUUUUGUUCUGUUUUUGACUCAAUAAACUGCCCUGUUAGUUUUGCAAAACAUUGAGGCUUUUUGGUGUAACUAUGUUCCUUGGGUAGUAUUUAGCAAAGUUUUGCUCAGGAUAGACCCAUUGUAAUUCAUGAACAUGUCUAUGGCAGGCCCACUAAUUUCAGUGGGUCUACUCUUGAGUUAAACUUAGUUGAAUCUCCCCCUUUAUUUUACAUUGUGAAAACAAGUCCAAAGGAGUUUAAGUGUGUCUUGAGUAGUGGUCACAGAAAUGUGUGUCCCUUCCCAGUUUGCUUCUUCCCAGUGUAUCUUCUGUUAUCAAAAUAUAGGUAGGAUCAAAUAUUUUGGUAAAGUGUACCACAUAUGCCAUAUCUCAUACGGCUUUCCAUUUCUCCACAUGUGACAACUGUAGUGGUUAGCUUUGAUGCUAAUUUUAAACACAUUGAAUGUGGAGUUGCCCUUGACGAUGGCAUGGAAGCUGCAGCUUGUGCAAAGUGCUGUUGUUUAUCCCUUGGUGAAUGUUUGGAAGAUGGGUACAUGUUAUACUAGUCCUGCGACAAUUGUACUGAUUAUGGUUGCUUCCAGACCCACAGAAAAGUGCUGGUGCUUUAUUUUUCAUAGGCCUUCUCAUCCGGCAACCCAGGUAUCUUCAGACUUCCUUGGCCUAUAGAGAGACCAUCACACUGUCUUUGCUCGGGAAACCAGUCUCUGCCCUGUGCAAUGUCAGGCUCUUUGCUACACUUGCCCAUGUUUAGAUCUUCUAGAUCAGGGGUUGUCAACCUGGUCCCUACCGCCCACUAGUGGGCGUUUCAGGAUUCUAGGUGGGCAGUAGGGGGUUCUACGGCACAAGCGGAAUCCUCCUUCCAUUGAGCACUGGUGGGCGGUAAGGAAAUUUUACCAUCAAGAAAGAUGCAUUAGUGGGCGGUAGGUAUAAAAAGGUUGACUUCCCCUGCUCUAGAGGGUGUUUAGCCUUUCAGAAAAAGUUGGAACUUUGUUUCAGUUUUUAUUUGGCAAAACUGACUGAGUUUCUUUGCUGACUAAUUAAAAAAAACAACCAGCUGCUCUGUUUAACUUCUUUUAAAGAUAAAGUUUGCUUAUAUAUCACUUUGAAUGCUAGAAAAGCAGCAUAUAAAUGCUUUAAAUAAAUAGUUUUGCUGUUGAAAUGUUGCUUUAUUAGGUUAGUAUAUAUUUAUUUUUCAUUAGAAGUUGCUGUUUAAAGUUCACUCUAGCAGCACACGUUUUUUCCAUUAAGUUCCUCCCACAAAACAACCUCCUUUGAGAGGUAAACUUUAUAACAAUGGCAUUUAUAAUUUUGUUUAAGUAGAUGAAAAGUUGCAAUUUUUCUAACAACCCAAAGGGGUUUUUGUAACAAACAUCCUUAAUGGCAUUUGUUUCUGAGAGCUUGUGUGUUGGUACCAUAUUUAACUUGAAUAUGAAUAAUUAGCUUCUUGGGGGAGGAUCUAAAGUAACUGAAAGCAUAUAUGCAAAACACUCUUUUGUCAGACUUGGAAACAGCAGAAGUGAAAAGUGAAAGUAUAAUUUUAUGUGUAUCCCUGUUAACUGAACUAUAUAGAGUUCAGAUGGAUCAAUGGCCUUGCUUAGACUAUGGUGGGCCUUUAUCAAUAACUGCUAUAUAACUAAAGCUGAUUUAGUCUUAUUGUAACUACUGUAAUGAUUUGGAACAAAUGUGGUUUCAAGAAAAAUAGUCAACCUAACCUGGGUUGUAGAUUGGGUUGUAAUUUGGCUAUCUUGAAUUUCAAACGUUCAUAUUUUUAGGCUUAGGUCAUGAGGAUAUUCAUAGUUUUCAUAGUUCUAGGCUCCUUAAGAAACCAAUAACUCUGCCCAAUUUUCACCCCAAAAUCCACUUUGUGGAUUUGUAAGUCAGGCAAACAAACAUUGAUUUCCCCAUAGAGGUGGCUUGAGCUUCUUGGAGCUUCUUGUAUUUACUGGACACUAGAGAUACUGAAUGCAGAGGAUAUUUAUACCGGUGAACUUACUCAAGGAUUUGCCUUAGUUUGACAAACGUCGUCCAUUCUAAAAUAGUGUGCUGAAUGCAAAUCAAAUUAUGUUUCUUCCUAUAUACAUAAAAAUGUAAGGCUGCCAUUGUAUGGCCCUCAUUGUAGUACCACGUCACAGUCCUGGAUUUGAAGGAAGUCAGGGGAGAGGAGCAAAAGGGAAGGCAUGUUGCACGACACCAGUGGCCAUGGCUUGGGAGUAAGAAUGGAGAGACACUGACAAGGGGAAAGUAUGAGUAAAGCAGGGAUGGAGGAAACAGUGGCAGAAGCUUGUGUGAAGCACCUUUCAUGCGAUGCAAUAUCUGAGGGCUCUGCAUCAUUGGAGGGAAAACUAAGGGGGGGGCAGCCAAUGUAAACAACGCCAGGGCUUGGCAGGGGCGAUACUGGUGAGGUCUGAGUACAGUGAGAAAGGAGUUUGGAAAGGCUCUGUUAUGAUAACUUUUGGUGUUAGCGCCUGUGUUGUACCUAUCUCUACUGUUUCUCCUUGUUAAACUUUUUAUUUAAAACAGCAACAACCCCUCAGUCUCCCUCCUCCCCUGCUUUACUCAAACUUGUGCCUGUUCUUUGAGUACAGGGAGAAAGAAAACAAUGGCUGUUUUAAAAUUCUCCCUUCUCCAGUCCUCAACUGUCUCAUGUGAGAGAGAGAAUGGAUGUGGAGCCCUCAAACAUUCCAUGGUACCUUCUCAUCAUUGCAUUUCACCUCCUGGUACACUGUGCUGUCUUCAGGAUGAAGUACCAGAUUCUAUGUAGUACUUUAGAAGAUAUUUUAUUAGCAAGCAGACACAUAUGCAGGCGACUCCUCGCUUACACAGGGGUUAUGUUCUGGGCUCCUGCACAGAUAAGUGAAAUUGUGUAAAGCAGGGAGCACUCUCUAAACCCCCUCUCUGCCGCUCUCCAAUCCAACCAAAAAUACUGUAUCCAAAAAUAUUGACAACUAGAAUUGAAGCUCUGGGGCCGGCAGGACGCUAGAGGAUGGUGGGAAAACAAAGGAGGCUUUGCUCCCCCGCCAAAGCCCUGCCUGCACCUCCAGUCUCUUCAGUGUGUCCUCCGUCCCCACUGACGCUCUCUUUGGGUCUCCUUGCAAGCCAUGAGGACUCUCCAGCUCUCUCCUGCCAUUACUGGUUUUGAAUUGAAUUAUCUAAUCAUUUCCUGGCACCACACAUAUGUGCAGUUGAGCACAAGUAGAACAAGUGUGAGUGGGGAGUCGCCUGUAUGUACAACAUCCAUCAGCCGAACUUAACAUGCUCUAACUGAAUAAGCUAACUGACAGCCUUGCUCUUAGGAUUCUAUUCAUCUUACAGGAUCAUUUAUCAGCAUGAGGUGUGCAGGCAAAGGAAGCUGCAGAAUUGGGAGAGAGGAGGAGGCCUGAAAGGGAGAAAGCUCUGUGUGCAAGAGAGAACUGAAAAAAGGAGAAGGGUGAAAGUGUUUUGUAUGUGCAAAGGGAGCAGAAGAGCACAACUGGAGAGGUGGCGGCAUGUCGGACUAACGUUGGGGGCAGGAUCAAUGUUAGGGGGAGCAGAACUGAGCUAUCUGCGACACAGUAGAUGGAAAUGGGUGUUCUUUGUGUGCAAGGGAGAGUUGAGAAAAGUAAGGAGGGUGGAAGAAAAAAGGGAGUGAAGGUAAAAAUGGAAUGGGGUUGAAGAAGAGAGCAGGGAGAUGAAAGGGUCUGGGGAAUAGGAGGGGUUGGCAGCUUCAUAGUUGGGUAGAAUGUGCAAAGGGUACUGCAUAGUUGCCAUGUGUGAGAGGAGGAAGAUGCAGGAGGUGGCCUUGAGGGUGGUUUGUGUGCAGGGGGGGAGGGGUUACACAAAAGGAGGGGCAGUGUAGAGGUGAAGCUGAAAACAGGUGCAUAGUAGGACUGCGGAACAAGAGAAGUGCUUUCAGAAAUGGGCUUGGGAAGGCAAAAGUGAACUUAGUUGCAUGGCGUGGGAGGGGAAAGCUUUUAGAGGUUUAGGGGGGAAUGGCCAUGCAGAGAGAGCAGGGGCACAGACCCUAAAUAUUUUUGUCAGUAGGUAUUAAUAUGUUAGUUUAGCCUAGGCUUGAUAGAUUUAUGCAACUCUUCUUAAAAUGAGUUUUGUGUUUUUGUCAGUUGCUGCUUUAGGGGCGAUCUUUCCAAGUUUACUAACUGCAAAAGUCCUACAAUCUCUGGUCAUAAAAGCUUCAAACUGAAUUGCAUAGUAACUUGUAGAAUACAGUGGUACCUUGGGUUAAGUACUUAAUUCAUUCCGGGGGUCCGUUCUUAACCUAAAACUGUUCUUAACCUGAAGCACCACUUUAGCUAAUGGGGCCUCCUGCUGCCGCUGCGCCGCCAGAGCAAGAUUUCUGUUCUUAUCCUGAAGCAAAGUUCUUAACCUGAAGCACUAUUUCUGGGUUAGCGGAGUCUGUAACCUGAAGCGUAUAUAACCCGAGGUACCACUGUAGUUGGAUAUUUCAGUUUGUGUGUGUUACUUAGCAUAUCACGUCUGCAGACUGCAAGACUCUGGGCAAAGUCUUGGUUUGCUUUUGCUGUUAUACAAUUUCUGAUGAUAUUAUAUAGUGCUUAGAUUGAUGAGCUUUAGCAAUACAAAGUAUGAAAAUUCUGUUCUUUAAAGAAUUGAGAAAAUUUGUAUAUCAGUACAAAAUCAAGGAGUAGCUACCUCUUUGAGAAAAAAUUAGUCAAGAAUGGUGGAGUAAGAGCAGUUUUUUGCUUGGUUUUUAAAUGCUUUGAGGUUCAGGAAUCCCAUAUUUUUCUGACCAUUUCUAUGCCCACCUAAAAACAUGGUUUAAAUUUCCCUCCUUUUGGAAUCUUAGAUUAUGUAAAAAAUUUCAAGAAUAUUGCAGCAGGUUCCUCUUCUGUGGUUUGGUGAAUUACAAGGUUCCAAAACAUAUAUUUCUUAAAUGUCAGGUUUUGAAUGAAACAAUUAUUCAUAGGUGUGUUUCACUGAUAAUAUAAUUUUUAUAGUCUCAUCCUAACUAUGUUUUUUGGAAGUAAGCCCCACCCCACCCCACUGAGCUUUAUGAAAAUAACUUCCUAUUUUUCCUAUUAAUGGUGCUAAGAAGCAGUGAAAUUUUUGAAUACUAGACCCCAGGUAUUUAAGAGGAGGAAGUUAUUGUGCCAGUUCAAAAGUCCAAUUUUGCAUGGAAGUUUAGAUGAACAGCAAGAAUGCAGCCCCCCUCCCUGUUUAUGCACAUUCAGUAUGUGUGUGGCUGCGCAUACGUGCAUUGUGCCAAAUGGCAAAAAAUGCUCCUAAAAGAGUCCAGAAAGGUCAGAAAGGUGUGAAAACUGUACCUAUCAAUCCCACAAGCCCUUGCACCAACUGUUGAGACCUGUGCAGAGUUGGAGUUUGAGCAAGGAGGUUUGGAGGGAGCAGUUGUGGUGGAGUUUGACGGAAUUUAACGUCUGGUAAGUGCUGCUGGUUUUUUAAGGUGUUUUCAAGGAUUUCCAGAGGUUUAGAGGUUUCUUCAGGCUUUGCCAAUGGUGUUUCAAAUAUACACAGUUUCACAUAUAUGCGUGGUGCCUCGGAACAUAACGCCCAUAAAUGGGGGGUUACCCAUACUACUAAUGUUUCUGUAAGUGUCCAUCAUCUUGUAUCUGGAGGUAUAUGGAAUCAGAACUUAAAAGGCAGACUUUUCCUGUCCAAGUACCGUAUAUUCAUUACUUUAACUUGUGAGGCUGGCAAAAGAAGAGAAUCUAGAAGAGAAAAUGGUCAGAGAAGGGAAAAUGUGCUUUAAUGGGAAGCUGGUGAGCUUCCUUGAAAAGAAAAGAAAAUGUUUGGGAUGGCGGCUUGCAUUACUUUUAAAAGCAAUCAAUAAGAUACAUGCAAAUUCCACUAUAAAUGCUAUGAAGAUGCUAACAAGUAGUUCAAAGAUAAGCCAUUAUUUCCGAGGAAAUAAAACUUCACCAUAGACAUGGCCUUUGAAGGAUGUGGUUCAGAGCAGGCCUUUUUAGACAUCCAUGUAUAUAGUAGGGAAAGAAGCUGCCAGCACCUUCUUGGCCUUCCAUUAGUGCUAAGAUCAUAUGGAUUCCUCUGACUUCCUUUCAGUUGGAUCAAUUUGGAAAUGAGACGACAUUUAUUCUAAUUUCUGGUGACAAAUCAGGAUGUCCAUCAAUUGUGUUGAUAUUCUUGGUUACAUGGUAGGCUGUGUAGUUUCUAUAGUAGGGAAAUAUCAAGGCUGUUUUGACCAAUUUUGAAACAGCUUGCUUUUGAGUGGGGCUAAUUUACUACUCAUGGCAUUGUGCACAAGAAACAACUGUUUAAGUCAGUAUGCAAAAAAGAAUGAGCAUGGUGCACUUGUCAGAUUACUAGUGUAUAUGUUUGGUGUUGUUUUCUUUUUUAACCAAGAUUAGUGUCAUGAAACUACCAGCUGGCAUUACAGAGCUAAAUCAGGUGAUACUCAAAUCCUUGCACUGAGGCAGAACCCAGAGUACUCCAGACACAGUUAUGAACUGAGAACGGGACUGUGGAAGUGGGGACUUGUAUUGUGCCCAUAGAUCUCUGGUGUGAGGGGAUAACUUUUGUAGUUUAAGGUUAAUUAACUUUCUGACACUCUGAUCCCAAAUGCUGGCAUUGCCACGACUUGUUUUUGGCACGCAAUAGAAAGAAGGCUAAGGUUUUUAUAUAUUAUAACCGUCUGACUCUGGUGCUGCAGAAACAUCUUGGCAAUGUCUGUAUAAUACCCUGGGUUGCAGAAGUUGUGAUGUAGUCCCACAGUCAGUAUGGCAGAGGUAAGGUUUAUGUUUUUAACAUAGCAGUUUGAACCAUAGUGUAGCUCACGGUGUAGGCAUUUAUCAGGACCAGGCAGAAUAACUUUUGGUUCUCCUUUUUGGAAAUGUGCCAUUACCAGCCAGCUUCAGUCUCCUGCCAACAGCAUCCAGGAGCUCUGCCUUUGGGGGCAAAUCUUAGGAAAUGAUUACUUGGGUUGGGGGCAGGGCCUGCACACAAGCUUAAUGGCAGCUUCAUGCCAACUCUCCUCAAGUCAUGAGACAAUAAGCACAAUGGGUGAUGGCUUUUGCAGUAUGAAAACAAAAAGUAAAGUAAAUAGAGUUUGGAGACAGAUGCUUCAAACUGCUGGCUCAUGCCUUAAAGAAGAAAAAGCCCAGAAGCUUAGUAACAGACGUUAGGGAAAAGUGUGUUGUGAAGCUAAGACAGAGGAGGUAUCAAAUUCUAUGCUGCCCUCUACUCCUUGGACAAUGCUUAGGUGCAUAAAUGCAUAGAUGCAUAAAUCCAUAAAUGCUUAUUUGUUGAGGGUACACCUCAGAGUUCUGUCAGGUGAGCAGAGAAAGUUCUUGAACCAGCCUAUAACAGAAAUGGAAGUCAAUGAAGGUGUAAAAUGAUGAAAGAACAGAAAUUGCCCGGGUUUGAAUGGUUUCAGUGGUGGGCUUCUAUGAGACCUUCUGAGCUGAGCUGACCUCAUGGCUGACCAAGCUGCUCAGUAAGAUUCUUGAGUGGGCUACCAUACCAGACAUGGGUAAGCAAUCUAAAAUUGUGGUUCUCUUGAAGCCUAGUCAGUGGCCCUUGUGGCCUUUUACCAUCCCAUAGCACUGAUAAACCAAGAUGACAAAUUGCUAUCAGCAGUGAUGGUCCUCAAACUGAAUGUUUUCAUCAGUGACUAUAUUUCCCCUGAUGAAACUUGUUUUAUCCCUAGGUAGAAUAUAGCAGACUCCAUCAGAAUGGUGCUGAAUGUGGUUAUACAGAAUCCCAGCAGUACUGUUCUCAGUGGAUAUCAUUAAGGUAUUAGAUCGUAUUGAAUGGACAAGGGGGUUUGGCGAUAAAUGUAUCUGUUCAAUCCAACAGCUCUAUUCAGUCACAACAGCAACAAUUCGAAUGAAUGGGCCUGUCUUCCCUGGUGUAAAUCCCCAUAGGGCACUAAGCAGGGGUACCCGCUGUCACCCCUAUUGUUUGCCUUGUUGACUGAAGUUUAGCCAAAUCAGCAAAGGUGCCUGUGACAAAGGAGGUUUAGUGUUGGCAAAAUUAAUUGGUUACAACAAUUGAAGCAAAUAGUUCACAUUUUUAGAGGGUCAAAGGUUGUCCCAUGGGUACCCUUACCCUUUCCUGAUUUGCUUUGUGCAGCAUGGGGAACCCAUUCCUGAAUGUAUACUAAAGGUUUGGAAGCACUGGGCCGGGUUUCUGCCCCCCACCCAGCCAUCCCCUAUUAUCAUUUUCCUACUUCAUCCUGCAUUCUGGAAUAGGGAUAAAGAUAUGCAUUAUAGAGGAUGGGAAGUCAGGGGUCUAUUUUGAGUUCAGGAUAUCAUAUAGAUUUGGAGUAGAAUCUCAGAAAUAUAAUCUCUGAUCUGAUGCCGGCUCUUCUGUCACUAGAGAGUGCAGAAUUUAUUUAAUAGUACAUAAGGCUCUGGUGCCUGUGCUGCAAGCGGCUGCCCAUAUGGAAGUAGUGAAACACUGGAAGACAGCAGCAGCAGGGUUCAUUGUGGCUGGACAGGAUCUGGGAGAUUGUUUGCGCGCGCUCUCUCUCUCUCUUUCUCCCCCCUUCCCUCCCUCCCUCCUAACUUAGAUGAGUGUGCUGUAGUCCAUGCAAAUUAGGUUUGCUGUAGUGUUUCUCUAAGGAAGACAAUUAUCCAUGUCUUGCCAACUACUGUCAGGGCUGUAGAUCUUCAACAAAGCAAUAACUUGCCAGUGAAGUUAACUCAUUAUUCGAGGAAAGAAGCACAGCUCGGGCCUAGCAUUCUCAGAAACUCUUUCCAGGAAGUCUUGCCCUGAUGAAGCCGUUGUGAGGGCGGAAGGUGAGCCUUCCCAGUGCUCAGUAGGACUCCUCCUCUUCUGGGUCUUUCCCACACUGUCUCAGGUGGUUUCUGUGCGCAACCACCCUCUGCUCUGCCCAUUUUGUUGAGUUCUAGGUGAGUUCUAGGAGACAAGGGAGGAGGGGAGCUGGUUGCAGCAGGAGGGGGGGACUCCCUGGAUUCUUCAGCAGCCUGUCUCAACUUUGCCUCUUGACCACCCUCCCCUCCGGCUUCUGCUUCAGCCUCAAAGUGCAAACUGCUCUCUGCCGUAGCCUCUUCCUGUUCACUAAAGCCUGCUGCCUCUUCUGCAGAUGAUGCCUCCUUCCAGUCUGCUGCUUCUCCCUGUGAACACUCAUUGUCACCCCACCACUAAUUUCCUAGGCUUGGUUCUCCAGGGGGUUCCCCAACUGAUGCCUCCUACCACUCCUUUGCAUCCAGCCAGUCCAUGGCAGCUACUAAGUGUGUUGUAAAGUCUUGUAUCUUAUCUGCAUGGCACUUAAGCUUUUGACUUUGUAAUACUGCUCUUUAUGUUACAAUGCUGUGUGAUAGUUUGUGUGAUGAAGCUUAUAGUUCCCUGUUUUAGUCAUGAAUAGAUAGUUUUCAAACAUUCUUGUUAUUUCAGAGACUGCCUUCCAACUUAUUGUGGCCCCAUACAAUAGCCAGAUGGGUGGGGUAUAAAUAAUAAUAUUGUUAUUCUUAUAUAGGCAGACAGUGCAGAUGCUUAAGAAAGGUGUAAUGUGCUGAUGAUGGUAACCUCUCAGCAGGAUUUUGGCUAACUGGAGCUUCCAGCCCAUCCUCAAGGGCAGUCUCAAAUAGAGUGCAUUCCAGUAAUCACAUCUCAAGUUUACCAGCGUAUGGACCACCAUGGCCAGAUUAUCCCUGUUGAGCAAUGGUCAUAGCUGGUAUACCAGCCAAACCUGGUAGAAGAUACUUUCAGCUACUGAAGCUACAUGAGUCUCUAGUGGCAAAGAUGAAUCAACUGCAAGGCUGCUCCUUCAAAAAGUUUGUGACCCUAUCCUGAACAGGCAAAUAGGCAAUUUCCUGGAUCCAGGAGCAACUUACACACAAUUCCUCCAUCUUGCCGGGAUUUAAUCUCAUUCUUUUGACCCUCUCCCAGCCUACCACUUCAUCCAGAUACUGGCUCAGGAAUUGCAUGCCCACUCCUGAUUCAGAUGCUAUAGAGUACUAGAACAGAGUGUUUCCAACAUACUGAAAGAUUUGAUGCUCUAAAUCUCCUAAUGACCAUGCCAUGAGGCUUCAUAUAGAUGUUAUAUAUGGGGACUAACAACUAGUCGCCCAGUGCUGCUCUUCAGAACUGGUCCUGCGAAUAGGAGUGGAACCACUGAAAAAGAGUGCCUCUGAUCCAGGCAGAUACCAUGGUUGAUAAUAUGAAAAGCUGCUAGGAGAUCAAGUGUAGCAGAGUCACACUCCCCCAGACCAUUUCUCAAUAAAUGUGAUCCAGCUGGGUGACCAGGACUGAUUUGAUGCCAAAGCUAGGUUGGAACCAGAUUGGCAAGGGUCAAGAUAAUCAGUUGCCUCCAAAAGUGCCUGUUGUUGAUCCACCACUACCUUCUCAAGCAAUUUCCACAGGAUGGGGAUAUUUGUGAUCAGACAGAAGUCAUAUACUUUUGGAUCCAGGGUUGAGUGGAUCUGCUUCUUUGAAGUGGCCAUGCUACUGCGUUCUUCAGGGCGGUAGGCACCAGUCCCUCAUUUAACAGCACAUUAGCACACCCUGAACCUAUAAGGUAGCUCCACUUAAGCAAGAUGGGCAAGAGUUGCGAGGUUAAGUUGCUGGACACAUUGUCACCAGGCUGCUGUAACAGAAACUGAUCCCACAACACUUGCUCAGUUGGCGCAUUACACAUCUCAACAACUAAAAUAAGAGAAGCAUCAAGGGUGCUACAGAUGCAAGCAACUUUCUUCAAGUGCCUUAGAAAUAAUUCUCAGCAGGUUACAAAGGACUUUAUUGCUCCAUCCAUAGGGGCAGGUAAUAGCCCCCCGGCUGCUCUGCAAAGCUCAACUGGAUGACUACAUGGGGAUGUAGUGGAAGCAAAAUAAGCCGAAUUUGCUUUCCUUGCUGCCAUGCAAUAGGUGCAACUAUGUGCUCUCACUCCAGUUUGAUCAACUUCAGAUCAUUCAUGUCUUGUGCCAUUUCCUCUCUAGCCAUCUUCUGGAUCAUUUUAAUUUGUGAAGUUCCCCAGAAUACCAGGGAGGCUGCUCAGAAGCGACCAUGUCAAUAGCUCAUUCACAAAUCCUCAUUUCAGGGGGGUAGUAGGUCAUUGACAGGAUCACCAGCUCUGUCUACAGUAGUACGUCAGGUUAAGUACUUAAUUCGUUCUGGAGGUCUGUUCUUAACCUCAAACUGUUCUUAACCUGAAGCACCACUUUAGCUAAUGGGGCCUCCAGCUGCCGCCGUGCUGCUGCUGCUGCACAAUUUCUGUUCUCAUCCUAAAGCAAAGUUCUUCACCCGAGGUAAUAUUUCUGGGUUAGCGGAGUCUGUAACCUGAAGCGUCUGUAACCUGAGGUACCACUGUACAGGAAAAGUCCCCUAGAACAUAACUACAACUCCCAUGAGCCCAACUAGCAGGCUGUAGUCAAGCAACAUGGGGAGGCUAAUCCUGCUUCAUAGCAUUCAGGAAUUCUCAGAUGCCAUACAUUUUCAGGAACAAACUAUGUGAUUAGGUCUUUUAGCCAUGCAGGGAGGGAUACCAAAAGUUCACCAGGAGGUGGUCUGGCCAAGGUAACGGGGUGGUUUGGAACCCCCACCACAGUUUUCCAAUCACCCAUCACAUUGCCUGGAGCAAUGACUAAUUUGGGGUUGAGACCUGAAUUUAUGCACAAUUGAAUUAAACUACUGUAUAGGGGCUCAGAUAUUUUUUUGGGGGGGGGAGGCUAAAUUUAAAAAACAAUAAUUAAGAUUAUUAGUUUUUAUAGAAUCAUAGAAUCUUAGGGUUUCACCAACAUUUGGAAAAAAAUGUCCAGUGUUUUGGGAUGCAUGUGGCUUGUAUUUUGCACGGACCUCUGAGAAGGUGCACAGCAUCAAUUUUGCAUUCUGUACAUGAAAGCACAUCUUCCCACCAUCUCACUCUGUAGGAGUCGGGACGGGUUUUCCUCUCCCUGCAGCAAUCUUUCCAAUUGCAGCACUUUCCUCCUGCGAGGUAAAAGUAACAACUACCAUUAACUUAUAUGGAACCAAGUAAAGGGACUCACACCUUCUCGCAUCCCCAGUUACUGAGAAUCCAGCCUCCUCCUGUGAACAGCGGUCCUAUUCUGUGUUGUAUUUCUUGGCCACUAGAGUGUGGUAGAAUGUUGGAGACUGGCCUUCAUAUGGUUCGGGAGGUUCUUUAACAAACUAUUUAUGGGCUGGAAGGAGCCGUCAUCUCUUAGGGAGAGCUCAGUUUUCAGGGGCACAAUAGCUUCCCAGGUGAGAGACGGAUGAAUCCCUACAAUGCUUCUAGAUAGAGGUCUUCUUGUUAUUAUUUGUAAUAAUAUUUUAUUGAAAUAAUUUCAAUUAUAAAUAAAUUAAGUGAUAUGGAGGGGGGAAGGGGGGAAGUGAGAAAAAAAGAACAAAGAUGUGUAAUAUACACACACACACACACACACACAAAUUCAGUGUAAUAUUCUGCCAUACAUUCUUAUAUGAAGUGAUAUAGUGUUAUUAUUCUAAUACAUAUAUUGCUAUUAAUAGCCUACUACAUUCUGUAUAAACUCAUUCCAAAUGUUGUCAUAUUUAUCCAAGCAAAGCCUAUUUCUGUAAGCAGUUCAUAAGUUGUGAGUGUUGUCAUAUUGUCAAUCCAUUGAUUAAAGGGUAUCGUAACUUGAUUCUUCCAAUUCAUCUGUAUCAAUCUCUUGGCCACAAUUAGGGUGCGUAGAGUCCAUUUUCGUUGUCCCAUUGUUAAUUUCCAUACCAUAGGCUUAUAGUUCAAAAUAAUGUUCUCUGAAAGUUUUAACCUUUUCUGCACAAUCAUAGUUACACACUCCAGUACUUUCUCCCAAAACUUAGUAAGUACAGAACACUGUACAAACAUACAAACACUUUCCCACUGUCUGGGUAGUAUUGGAAGUUUCAAUGCUUUAUUCCAAUCAUUUCUUAAAGUCUGCAUAUUGGAACUUAUUUAUUGCCAAUACAUAUUUCUAAAAAGUAAUCAUUGGCUUUCUAGUUUUGAAUGAGCCAUCCAAUUGCUCCAGUAUUUCAGGUAUCUCGGAAGCAGAGAGGGCUGCCAGCCCAAACACCCUUGUUAAGAGAUGUUGUAAUGGAAUAUAUUGCCAUUGGGCUGCAUCUGAUAGAUGAUAUUUUUGUCUUAAAAUAGCAUAGGUAUAAAAUUAAUCUUCGUCAUCUAUCAGUUGGUCCAAAGUCAAUACACCUGCUUCCAUCCAAUUUUUCAAUGUUGCCGUAUUUUUUGCAAUUUUUAGAAUAGGGUUUCCCCACAAAGUAAGUUUGGCAUGUGAGAAUGGAUCAAUAUUCCCCCCCCCCCAUAUAUUUUAUAUCCUUCUAACUGACUUAGUUGUUGCUGGAGUCAGCUGAUAUUUCAAAUAUUUUGAUCCUAGUAUUGUCCAACCAACCAAAGGUGCUGUCUGUGUAUAUUCUAGGGUUGCCUAUGUCAGAAAAUUAAAACCCAACAGUAGGUUUCCAAUAUUUAAUAUUUGAUGGUAAAUAAGCAUAAUGAUAUAAUUCCAAAUUCAGAAUUUAUAACUGCAUUCUCUGCAAGAAUGUUCUCGGGGUUGUUGAGCCUCAAAGACGUUUCCUAAACAGCGAGUUUUAUCUUUUGAAGGUAUGAUCCAGAUAUAAAAACUGGAAGUCCUCUCUGAAUAUAAAUAAAUCUGGCAGUAAUAUUCAUUUUGAGAACAUUCACCUUUCCCCAAAGGGUAGGGUUCAGCCACUCCCACCUAUCAAUAUCUGAAGAAACCUUUUUUAUUAAUUUAUUUCUAUUAACUGUGACUAACCAUUGUAUAUCUUUUGGUAUUAACAUAACUAGAUAUUUAAUAGACUUGGAACUAAUCCAUUGAUAUACCUUGAAUGAAUGUGUAAUCAGAUUUUUGACCUAUUGGCAUCAGUUCCAGUUUGGACCAAUUAACAGAAUAACCAGAUAUUUUACCAAAAACAUCAAGAUGGGAAUACUAGUCUGAGGUUCUGAAAUAAACGAAAUAAUAUAAUCUGCAAAUAAAACUAAUUUGUAUUCAACUGAAUUAUGAGUUGUAUGUAUAUACAUUUUAUGUAUAUAACAUGAACAGAAUUAGGCUUCUUUAAAGAAAAACAUUACUUCUUUAUUAAGUUUCAUAUUUAUUUCUUGUAUAUCAUAAUAAAAGUGAAUUUUCAAAAUCAUAACUGGACAUUCUGGAAUUGGGACAGAAAGAAUUGUCUCUGUCUCAAGCAUUAUUCAGAAUGGUUAAGUUCUCUUGAAGAUGUCUGGAAAAUUUAGGUGUGCAGAGUCCCACUAUGAGCAGAUGGCUUCUGGUUUGAGGCAAUUACCGGUACUUUCCCAAAAGAAUUCAGGCAUGGUAACCUUCAUCAGAGCCUCUCAUCUCUCUAGCAGUUUUAAAGAAUAAGAAUAUGAACAAUUUUUCUACUCCACAUAAACCAAUAUUUACCAGUAAUCUUAUGUUUCUAUUUUUGUUUUUUUGGCAGACGUUUACCAGUAAAUAUCGGUUUAUUCCUGAAACCAGAAGCCCUAAACAUAUCUUUGUUUAUAAGGUCAGUCUUCAUUUCCUGUUUCUGUCCUCCCCCACUGACUUACAAAUUCUAUCGCCUUCAAGGUAAUGACAAGCAUGUCGUAUUCUGUCUUCUGUUGUACUUGCAGCACUUUUCAAAUAACUUUGCUAGUCUGUAUGAACCUAAAUCACGAGUGGGAUUUUAGCUAGCGAGUCCCGUCAACAAAAGUCCACACAAGGACUUCCACUAAUGCAACAGGACUUCCCCCCUCCCCCUGCACUCCCCCAAAUUUGCUCGGGGGGCAGGAGAACCCCCAGAAUAGUGUGCAGAAAUGCUUGCAAUGGCAAAGCUAUAUGCUUAGCACUACAUUGAAUUCCUACUUUAAACUUUUAGGAUAUAUUUUUUAAACAUAGAAAAUUUACACUGGGAUAACUUUAGUAAAGAAGCCUGGCACAUAUUUUACAGAAAUUUAAUUGUUUCCAUGCAGAUGCUUUAGAUCUUUAUAACUGAGAGCUUGCACAAGAACCAGUUUCUUCUUCAGCAAAGGAUGUAGAAUAUGGAAGCAUGUCUAGAUUUUUGGAGGAAAAUGUAAAAAUGAAACACCAGACUGAAAGCAAGUUAGAAAUAUGUUUUAAAUUCCAGAAUACAGACUUAAAGUCUCUUUUCCAAAACGAAAUUCUUUUAAAAAUAAAAGUAGGAUUUUAACACUAGUCAGCAUUGUACAACCUUCUGCUAUGACUUGAAGCUGAGGGUCAGAGAAGCAGGCUGCUGCUCACAAUAAUAUAAUAAUGCAUGUAAUUUAGCUUCAGUUGUGUUAAUGGUGCAAGUGUCCAUUCUUUCUAAGGAAGUCUCUAAUAUAUAUGCAUACAUACUUUCAGAAUCACCUUGCAAAACAAGAUAACCUCCACACUCAGAGGGGCUGUGAAAUCAUGCACCCGUAUCUCCAUGUGCUUGCAUUCUUUCCUAAAUUUUGUGUGCGCGUAGAGAGAGAGCCCCGUGCAUGUGGGAGCAGGAAUCUUGGUCAUUCUGUGUAGGAUUCUAUGCAUUUCUGCAUCAUUCAUACCAGGGAUGGGAAGCCUGUGGUCCUCCAGAUGUUGCUGAUGUUGCAAUUUCCACCAUCCCUGACCAGUAACCAUGCUGGCAGAAGCUGAUGGGAGCUGACUCCAACCAUUUCUGGGGGCCACAGAAUUAUAUGUUACAUCCAAUAUGCAGAGGUCAAUAUGGGACCAAGGGAGGGAGGAUCCUGUUGCCUCACCAUGUUGUUUGCCCAGUUUUGUGAAUGUGGGAGCGGCACUCUGUGGAGUUCCCUACAUUUGUGAUGAUAGCACAAAUCAAAAUUCAUUCAUUCCCUGGGUAAAAUCCUAGUGUGUUGUUGAGUCUUUACUGUGCUAUCCCAAUUGAAAACUCCCUUUCCUUCCGUUUUGCAGCCUCCAUUUUUGUGCAAUGUAA